AAUACACGUGUGCUUAACUAGUCAGCAUUUUGACAUCAACAAGCAUGAAUCACUUGGGAGUUUUAAAAUUAAAAAUUAUAAUUUCCCUCAAAAUCUCACGCUUGAUCUCUUUUUAUCUUUACUUUUUUGAUAAAUAUGAAUUCCCAAACCAAUGAGGAAACUCCUCUAUUAUCAAGACUAAUAGAGACACCUGUCAAAAAACCUUCUACUAACUUCACCUUUGUCCGUGUCGUUGGCUUUAUUCUCUUGUUGGUCUUAUCUGUUGCUAGUAUCAGAAAUACCUUACCGACACCAUUAUCCGAUACGGAAGCUCGCGAAUUAAACGACUUUCCCGGCAUUCAUUGCUACAAUGAAUACCUUUCGCGUUUUACAGCUCCUCAUUCUGCAAACCAAAGAGAGAAUGGCUACAUUAAGGACUGGAUUGUCGAAUUAGCUCAAGGCUUUAAACAAGAAGCUACACAAAAUGGUAUUCAUAUGGAAAUUAUUGCUGACGACCCUACAGACCUUGUCUCAAAGAGAAACAAAUUCAGCACAGAGGAAUAUUGGUUGGUUGAAUCGAGAAACGUGAUUAUUCGUCUGGUAGGAAGAUCAAACAACACAGAUGAAGCCUUUAUGGUGAAUGCACAUUAUGAUAGCGUAUCUACUAGUAAUGGCGUCACAGAUAAUGGUAUGGGAACAGCCGUUGCGAUUGAAUUACUCCGGUAUUUUGUACAACAUCCACCAAAGCACACCGUCAUCUUCUUGUUCAAUAAUUUUGAAGAAGGCGGACUGAUUGGAGCAGAUGCGUUUGUAAACCAUCCAUGGUUCCCCUCCAUCAAGUUGUAUGUUAAUUUGGAAGGUACGGGUGCUGGUGGCCGUGCAUUGUUGUUUCGAAGUAAUACGUUAGCUGCCGUAAAAGGGUUAGCUUCAUCGGGCACCCACUUGUUUCAUGCAUCUCCUCUGGGAAAUGAUUUAUUACAAGCAAAGCUUUUAAAGAGUGAUACCGAUUAUACUGUAUUCUCAAAACACGGUGUACCCGGUCUGGAUAUUUCUUUUUACUAUCCUAGAUCUCAUUAUCAUACACAAAGAGAUGAUUUAGCUCAUACAAACCCACAAUCGCUUCAGCAUAUGGGUCAAAUGGCUUUAGGUUCUGUGCUCAGUAUUGAUUCUAGUGAAACCAUGUUACAAGAAGCAGGAGCUCCGGAACCCAUCAUUUAUUAUGAUAUUCUGGGUCGUGUCAUGUUGGUCUAUAGUUUCUUUACCUGCCAAUUGAUCAAUAUCUUGUCCUUAAUAUUUGUUCCUCUUGCCUUGUUUACUUGGUCUUGGUUCUCUAAUUCUGGUACUGAAACCACAGAUGUGGGUGAAAAGCUCAGUUCCUUAAAGCGCAAUAUAGCACUCACUGCGCAAGGUUUGAUUGCUACAAUUACUGCUUUAGCAUUUAUGGUUCUGUUUGUCUCCUUUGCUGCCUGGAUUAUGUUACUGAUUAAUCCAUCGGCUACUUAUGGAAGUAUUAAAUCCGUUGCUGUUUAUUUAACUGUAGCUGCAUUUUUAGGUUUGGUUGCUUCCCAACUUGCGCUUGUUCGAUUGUCCAACGUGAGUAGAAUCAAUCUUUCAAAUAUCCAGGUUGGAUUUUACGGUUUGACGAGUUUCUGGUGGAUCUUGCUUGCUUUUGCUACUUAUUUGGGGUCUCAAAAGAUUGCAGCUAUUUAUUUUGCUAUUUAUUUCUUUAUCAGCAGCACUUUGGCAACUGUUCUUUUGGUGACUACAUCGUCCCCUUCAAUCGAAACAGAUUCAGAGACAAGUCAUCCCAGAACUAAGUUUUGUUUCCUUGCUUCCGUCGUUCAGGUCUUGUUACCUGUUACUUUGAUGACCGAGUUUAUGCUUCUUUCAAUGGAUUCGAUGCGUCAUACCACUGCUGAUGGUACUCCCGAAUCUGCUAUCUACUUUUUAGUUUCUGUGCCUAUUGUGUUGAUCAUUCUUCAUUUGUUACCUUGGGUACACGCAGCUGGAGAAUUGAAAAAGAUGGCACUUUGGACGACUGCUAUUUUCAUUGUUUUGUUCUUGAUAUGUAUUGUUGUGAGUCCUUUCAAUGGGGAUAUCUCACCCAACCGUAUUGUUUUCAACCAAGAAUAUAAUGCCACAGAAGCCCUAUCCACUGUAGCACUUAUUACUGGAUCAUCUUUUGGUGUUCUUCAAAAGACGUUAAAACAGGUGUUACCCAAGGAAGAGUAUGAAAGCAUGGAAUGUAGUCCAUAUUUGAUCUAUCAAACGCGUUGUACGUAUCGUACGGCGUUAAGUCCAGUGUAUGGUCGAACCCCAGAAGAGGAAGCGGAAGUGAUUGUUACUCCCCCGAUCUGCUUUGAUGGUGUGUGUCGUGUGGAUAUCGCUACCAAAGUGCAAAAUAGCUUAUUGUGUCAAUUCAAGUUCAGUAACCAGAAUAUUAAGGGCUUAAGUGUGCUUGUGAAUGAGCAUGAGAUCAAGGCGGAUCAGAAUGGAACGAUGCAUGCGAUUACUACCUAUUCCAAUACCCAGGCUAGCACAGUGAAAUGGAAUUUUAGAUUUGAUGAUGAUCAAGACGCUGGUGAGGUCCUGUUUACCUGCAUGUAUGAUGAAUGGACACAAGGAGAAUUACCCGCUUUUACAAAAUUAAGAGAUGAUUUACCCAUCCAAAAUUUAUUAACGAUUAAGGGCGGUGUAGGUCUUUCCCAAGUGCAUUAUUUCCCUUCCAUCCCAUUAAACUAAAAAAAAAAGAGAAAGGGAUAAAGGUUAUAAAUAUAUAUCUUUUAUUAUUCUAUACAAUAUGAAAAAUUUAU